AUGGCUGCCGGACGACGAUCGCGACUCGUUACCAUUGUUGGGGCUUUGCUCGCGAGCUCGACGUCGGCCCAGACCUGCGACUACUCAAAACGGGGUAAUUGCAUCAAUGCCGAAGCGAGCGCGUCCCUCAAGAUCGAUUUCGCGCCCUUAUUCACCUCGCCGCCGACCUUGGUUUUUGCCAUCGACAAUCUCGAAGACAAGGAUGUCCAGGACUUUCUGAGCGCAGACAAACAACUGAAAGCUCCCACCGGUGACGACCCGGCGCAGGCCAUUGCCUUCUGGUUCGAAUACGACAACAGCACGGUCAACUUCGACUCCUCUCAAGAGAGGGCGUACUAUGCUUGGGCGCUCGAGUCCAACUCUACGAACGAUAUUGGGGGCAACGACGGCGGAUGUGAGAACUUGCUGGGUGCGCAGUGCGUGAGCGAUCUGAAGUCUCUUUUCACUGGCGUAGGCGACAAAGUCGGUGAGAGUCUUGUCGAGUUCUUCCACUCGCCACCUGCGAAGAUCAACUGUCCGAACGUGCUUUGGGAUGAUGGCUCCGGAGCUCCCCGUACAUGGUUUGCGAGGCUGAGCAGCCUUUUCGCCAUCACCAACGACCCUCUGCCUUCUGGUAACGCUUCAUACACACAUACCGCUCCUCGCCUGCGCUACCGCUCGUUCGAGGAGCAAAAAUCCACCGCCAUUGUCGCCUUUACUCUGGGCUGGUCUCUGUCAGGAGGAGGUCGGGAUAACGCAACUAUAAGCACAGCUUGUCUCCGAGUGGGCGAUGCACCCUCCGGGGCGUGGAAGACUGGUGACUCUGGGAACACAGAUGACUCGGGGAAGACGGGUGACUCGGGUAACGGUUCGGCCGUCAACUCCAUCAGCUCGACCGCGGUCCUCGCAUUGCUUGCGGCUCUCUGGGCGGUUAUGGUUUAA